AUGAAAUUAAGACGUGUUUACUUACUAGCCAUUGCAGCACAGGUUGCUGCAAUGGAUAUGGGUAUGGAUAUGGAUAUGACAGAGGUGGAGCCUGUAACAACUACCGCUCAAACAGCACAUAUUACACCAACUCCCUAUGAGGCAAGUCAUUUGCAUGGGUUACCUAUACUUGAAAGGCCAGGGUUGACACCUGCAGAAAAAAUGUAUUGGCAGAAUUAUUCAUCAGAGACAUUUUUCAAUACGCUAGAAGGGAAUCGUUUUGCUUUUAAAUAUCACGUAGCCACUAUGUCUUUGGUGAUGUUUAUAUCGUAUCCGAUUUCAUUAGUACUAAAUUCAGUUGCUUCUGGAUGGUAUCUGCCAUGGUUAGCGAUUAAUCUGGCGCUGACUGUAUCCUCGUUGGUCCUGGCGGCUGUGUUUAGUGCUACGUUCCCUCACGAAUGGUAUCCAGGUAAUAUUUAUAAAACUACGUCAAUUGUACUAUUUGUGUUUAUAAUAGUACAUUUUGUUGUUGCUUUGUUAUCAAGAAUCGCCUCAACUAUUGUCAUUGAAGAUAUAUCCGAAUAUUCUCUUCUAGGGGAAGGUAUCCCUUUGAAAAUGUACCCAUCCGGUGGUUCUCCAGGUUCUACUCCUGAACAAGAUAUUGAAACAGAUUCAUUAAGGCAAAACAUUUCGCCACAGACACAUUUCUUAAGUUAUAAAAUAUUUAGGUCGCAAUGGGUUCAAAGGAUUGCAUGGACAUUUGGCGGAUUAUGUUCUCUCAUAUUCAAUACAUUAAAUUACCCAUUGAUGUUAUACAUUUUAUUUAAUAACUGUGUUGGACUUGCUGUCGGAAAUUUAUUCGGAAAAGGUCCACGUGUGUUUAAUUUACUUGCCCAUUGGAUUAAAGGUGCUGUGUUUGUAAUCCUUGGUGUCAUUUCUUUGGCUCGUUAUUGUGGUCUUGGUCAAACUCGUGGUUGGGCAUGGAAUCGUGUUACUUAUACAAAUCCACAACGUGUAAACUCCCACCGGCUCAGGUACAUGCCUAGAGGUACUCUAACUGUGGAGUUCAUUGAAUCGUUCCUGAUUUUCUUUUAUGGUUCUACAAAUGUGUUUUUAGAACAUUUGGCAGGCUCUGGGGGUGCAUGGACCGCUAAAGAUUUACAGCAUGUAUCUAUUGCAUUUAUGUAUAUUGGAACAGGUCUAUGUGGUCUUUUAUCUGAGCUCAAACUUAAUAAUUGGAGAUAUUAUUACACUUUGAAAACUAGUAGCAUUUCCAGCAACGAAGUAUUUGCUGCUUCUCCUGGUUACAGUCCCAACCCUUUCCCAACAAUGACUAUUUUCUGGACAGGAAUUCUUAUGUCGCAACAUGCACAAGCGUCACAUACCUCUACUUCAGUUCAUAUGCAGUGGGGUUAUUUAUUGUCUUAUGGGUCAUUUUUUAGAAUUUUUACCUUUUUGAUCUUAUAUUUUAAACCUUUGACCGAUGACUAUCCAUCAAAACCAAUAACGGAGGUCAUAACUGCACUUUGCUUACUAGCAGGAGGUCUUAUUUUCAUGGAAUCUACUGAUCAAGUUAUAGAGGCAAUGGACUAUAGAGGUUAUACGCCAAUGUUCACGUUCAAUAUCAGUGUUGGGUUUGUUGCGUUAUUUAUGGCUUGGAUAAUGAUUCUUUGUAUGUGGAGAGAAUGGCUAUUACAAUGCAAGAGAGCUAGAUUAUAA